AGUCAGUCGCUCAUUGGAACCGAUUGGGGAAUUCCAGAAGAUUCCAUGAACUCCAGAAUGUUCCCUUCUUCUUCCAGACCCUGUUUAUCCAGCUGUUCUAACCCAACUUCGCACACCACAAAAAUGUAGCAGACAUUUUCAUGGUUCUUUGAAAACUUACUAGCCUACGUCAAAACAUUUGGAAUAAACCAAAUAUUCGGAAGGGGGACUAUCAUGGAGAAACUUCAACUCUGAGCUUCUGGAGGCGACAAGACCAUCAUGAGAAGAUUGAACACUGAGGUUCUGGAGGUGACAUUCCAUUGGUGAUGGAACCUCCAGGAUGCUUCCCCCUCUAGAUAUCACUGCUGAGUGGAUUUAACUUGGAGCAGGUGGCCUUAGGUUCAAAUGUAAAGUUGGGUUACUGGUAUUUUCAACAAGGCCUUGAGAACAUUAUGUUUCCACCUUCCCAUGUUUUGGGUUGAUUCAGGGAUAUUUGCAGAGUCAUAAGCUCUCCACCUUGAAGUCAAAGGUAGCUUUGGGUUUCUGUGCUGAUUCAAGGAAAUGCUCCCAUUUUCAUGGAGCUGCUCCUGAGGACAUCAACAACUCAGCUUUGAUCUUACCUUGGCACCUCUACAAGAUCAGAUAAGUUCAGAUAAACAGAAGCAUUUGACGUGAAGUUGGCAAACCUGAAAGGACACAGAUAAUUCAGUAGCUUAUUUGUGGUGACUUGAUGAUUGUACCUCAAAGUGCCAAUGCGACAAUUUUUGCUGAAUGAAGAACCUUUUUUUUUUCAUUUUGAAUGCCAGCCAAGCAAAUGGUUGGAUGCCAGUUGAAAUGUCUUGAGUCCCAACUUCCUGGAGACGCCAACAGAAUCGUAUAAAAGUUCCCUCUGCUUUCUGCUGCGCCACCAGCUUCUGCUUGACUCUCCUGUCUUCACUACUUCUCUUCGAAGAAGACUCACCUCACAACUCAACACCAUGGCCUACUGUGGACCCGCUUGUGCUGUGCCAUCUUGCGCAUCCGCCCCAGUUGUUGGCUUCGGAUCAGCCGGUUCCAGGGGUCUUGGCUGUGGUCUCGGCUAUGGAGGUCUUGGUUACGGUUUGGGUUAUGGCCGUGGUUUGGGCUAUGGCUACAGAGCUGGUGCCUUGGCCGAAACCUCAGGAAGCCUGGGCACCCUGGCCGGAGUGAUCCCACAACCCAUCAACCAGAUCCCACCAUCUGAGGUGACCAUCCAGCCCCCUGGAUUUGUGAUCACCAUUCCCGGUUCCAUCCUGUCUGCCAGCUGUGAGCCCGUCGCCGUUGGAGGCAACACCCCAUGUGCCCCUGGAGGUCUUGGACAAAUUGGUGCCGGCUAUUUUGGAGGCCGCCUGGGACGUCUCGGCUGGAGAGGCAGCAUCUGCGCCCUUCCCUGCAACCUCCCCUGUUAAGUAAACCCGGACUCUCCAUGACCCAAACAAAUGUCGGGCCUUGUUCUGGCCUGUCUGUCAUUUUCCCAAUUCUCUGCCUGCUCUAGGUUGAUCCCAUUGCUUUCAUUUUUUCCCCAGCAUUCCCACAACCAUUUACGGCAAAGAGCACUACAUCUUCUUGUGAAAUCAUCCCCCAGAUAAAUUGAUCGCUCACAGGUUUUAAGUGAAGGUAUGAAGAAAAGAAGCUCUGCAAACUUCUUGCCUACAGAGGUCUUGCUUUAGGGUAUGGCUAUGGAUCUGGUGCCUUGGCUGGUGUCACCUCUUCUACUAUCAACCAGAUCCCAUCAAUCAAGAUCGUCAUCCAGUCACCUGCUUCCAUGGUGACCAUCCUUGGUUCUUUCCUCUUCAUCAGCGUGAGCCCAUUUGUGUUGGAGGCAACACAACAAGUGUGAUCUCUGAUUCUUUCUGGCAGUGGCCUUUAUGGGCUUAUGGCUUGAGGAGGACAAGAAGGAGGUAUAUUGUGGGGAUGCCUGCUUGUCAUUGUGUCACUCUGAAAAAAAGAUUAGUCUAAGUCUAGGAAGGAUCUGACAUGGACUGAGAAGAUGAACAUCCAUCUGUGGGUGUAUGGGCUUAGAAUCUUAACAAAGUUGAGCGUCUAGAACUUUUUUUGAAGCUCUUCUUCUUCCACUGAGCUGGCAUUACUUCUUGUCUAAACCUUUUAGGGCCAAGAGAAAAGGAGAUCUGUAUUAUGUGGUUUCUUUUUGUCUUUUAUUUGCUUUGUACAUUGUUGUUGCUUUGAUAAUUGUCCAUUCCUGCU